AUGGUCAGUUCCAAUCAGACCUCCCCUGUGAUGGCGUUUGUUCUCCUGGGCCUCUCUGCCCAUCCAAAGUUGGAGAAGACAUUCUUCAUGCUCAUCCUGCUGAUGUACCUGGUGAUCCUGCUGGGCAAUGGGGUCCUCAUCCUGGUGACCAUCCUUGACUCCCGCCUGGACACACCCAUGUACUUCUUCCUGGGGAACCUCUCCUUCCUAGACAUCUGCUAUACAACCUCCUCAGUCCCACUCACCCUUAAUAGCUUCCUGACUCCCAGGAAAACCAUCGCCUUCUCAGCCUGUGCAGUGCAGAUGUUCCUCUCCUUUGCCAUGGGAGCCACAGAGUGUGUGCUCCUGAGCGUGAUGGCGUUUGAUCGCUACGUGGCCAUCUGCAACCCCCUUAGGUACUCUGAAGUCAUGAGCAAAGCUACUUAUGUGCCCAUGGCUGCCAGCUCCUGGGUAGCUGGAAGCCUUACUGCCAUGGUGCAGACAUCCCUUGCAAUGAGGCUGCCCUUCUGUGGAGACAACAUCAUCAACCACUUCACCUGUGAGAUUCUGGCUGUCCUGAAGUUGGCCUGUGCUGAUAUCUCUGUCAAUGUGAUCAGUAUGGGAGUGACCAAUGUGAUCUUCCUGGGAGUCCCGGUUCUGCUCAUCACUUUCUCCUAUGUCUUCAUCAUCGCCACCAUCCUGAGGAUCCCCUCAGCUGAGGGGAGGAGAAAGGCCUUCUCUACCUGCUCUGCCCACCUCACUGUCGUGAUCGUCUUCUACGGGACCUUCUUCUUCAUGUAUGGGAAGCCCAAGUCUAAGGACCUGCUGGGAGCAGACAAACAGGACCUUGCAGACAAACUCAUUUCCCUUUUCUAUGGGGUGGUGACCCCCAUGCUCAACCCCAUCAUCUACAGCCUGAGGAACAAGGACGUGAAGGGUGCUGUGAGAAGCCUGGUAUUUCAGAAACGCUUCCCACAGUGAUGGUGGAGGGGUCCUGAUGGCUCUGUGCUUUCUGAUUGCUCCCACCUGAGAGUCUCAGAGGACAAGGUGAAAGACCAAGUAGAUCAAAGGUUACAUAGGUAAUCUCAUUACACAGAAUCUCAUUACAUAGAAGGGCUCUGUAGGAACAGGAAACAUUUAAUGCAACUCCACCAAAGUAUGUUCUUGUUUGUCUAACCUUGUAGUUCUCAUUCUCCGUGAUAGAUACUGAACGAAUUGAUGUCAAGCAAAAGUAACUCUUCACAUUUUUAUUGUUGGAUGAAUGAAAAGCUCUAGUCUGUAGGUCUUUGAUUCAAUUGCUCCAUGGCUUCUUUCUUUGAACAUAUUUGAACAUAUUUGGCUGCUGCUUUCUGACCAGAUUGGCUAUUUUUGGCUUCUGGACUACUCCCAGAUCCCAGAGAAGUAAUUUGAAUCAACACAUUUGUUGAAAAGAUAAGCGAGCACUUUUAAAAGAAUA